GCACGCUCCGCUGGAGCCGCCGCCAUCCCCGUCGCCUCCGCGCACUCCGCGUUUUUACCGUCUCCCUAGAGCUUUGCCGUUGGAGGCGGUUGCUGCGGCACCGUAGGCCCCGCGCGGCAGCAAUAUGGAGGAGUUUAAGUCCGAGGAUUUCUCCGUCUCGAAGGAGGACGAGGACUCUGCGCUGUCGGGUGGAGAGUGUCAUGAAGAUGCUGUAAAUGAAUUAGUGAAGGAAGGUGAAAUGGGUGCUGAAGAGGAGACACAGAAAACCAAAGGGACAAAAAGAAAGGCUGAGAGCAUUCUGGCCAGGAAGAGAAAACACAGUGGCCUCUCACUACAACACGAGGACGAGGAGGAUGCCAGCAGGGAAUCUGGAGGAAGUAGUAGUGAGAAGGAAGAUGCAGCUGCAGAGCAGGAAAAAGGCGUCGAGUCAGAGGAUGCCAGGGAGAAGGAGGAGGAGGAAAUGUUGGCCAGCUCCGUCAGUGAUGUAGAACCAAAAUCAGAAGUGCCUCCGAGUACACAAGUUAAAACAGGAGAGGAGAAUAAAGAGAUGAGUUCAAGUCAAGUCAAAGCAGAAGAACAAGAGAAACCUAAAGAACCAGAAGAAGUUAAAGUCACCAAGGUGUUUGAUAUUGCUGGUGAAAAAGUCAGUACCUCCAGUAAGAAUGAAGCGGCUGGGCCAAAGUGGAAAGGACACUCAGCUGUUGAUGUGUCUGGUGAUGAAAGUAAACUCCGAUGCUGUAAAGAAGAAUAUUGCAUAGGAACCUGGAAUGUUAGAUCUAUGAAUCCAGGUAAAUUGGAUGUGGUGAAGCAGGAGAUGGAAAGAAUAAACAUUGACAUCUUAGGAAUCAGUGAACUAAAAUGGACAGGAAUGGGCGAAUUGAAUUCAGAUGACCAUUAUAUCUAUUACUGUGGGCAACAGUCUCUUAGAAGAAAUGGAGUAGCUAUCAUAGUUAACAAAAGAGUCCGAAAUGCAGUAAUUGGGUGCAAUCUGAAAAACGACAGGAUGAUUUCAGUUCGUUUCCAAGGCAAGCCAUUCAACCUCACAGUAAUCCAAGUCUAUGCGCCAACUCCCUAUGCUCCAGAACCUGAAGUUUACCGGUUCUAUGAAGACCUACAACACCUUCUGGAAUUAACACCAAAAAUAGAUGUCCUUUUCAUCAUAGGGGAUUGGAAUGCUAAAGUGGGAAGUCAAGAGAUACCCAGAAUAACAGGAAAGUUUGGCCUCGGGGUACAGAAUGAAGCAGGGCGAAGGCUAAUAGAGUUUUGUUACCAGAACAGGCUGGUCAUAGCAAACACCCUUUUCCAGCAACACAAGAGACGACUCUACACAUGGACAUCGCCAGAUGGUCGAUACCGAGAUCAGAUUGAUUAUAUUAUUUGUCGCCAAAGAUGGAGAAGCUCUGUACAGUCAGCAAAAACAAGACCUGGAGCUGACUGUGGCUCAGAUCAUAAGCUCCUUAUUGCAAAGUUCAGGCUUAAGUUGAAGAUAAUACCAAAAACCACUCGGCCAUUCAGGGGGCCUAAUGAAGUGGGUGAGACUUCUCAAGAAGCGAAAUCUGUAUUCAAGCAAACUGAAAAGGACAAACCUCAGGCUAAUGUCCCUUCAAAUGCGUCAUCCGUUUCUGGUGGGUCAGGGGUGUCUAAGGAAGUGGGUGAAACGUCUCAGGAAGGGAAAGCUGUCUUCAAGCAAAAUGAGAAAGAAGAACCUCAGUCCAGUGUCCCUUCAGCGGUGCUAUCACUUCCUGCUGGGUCAGGGGUGUCUAAGGAAGUGGGUGAAACACCUCAAGAAGGGAAAUCCGUCUUCAAGCAAAAUGAGAAAGAAGAACCUCAGUCCAGUGUCCCUGCAGCGGUGCCAUCACUUCCUGCUGGGUCAGGGCCUGAAAACUGUGACCUUCAAAAGAACCAGGAUUGCAGCAAUUAAGUAUCUGACUUUAUCCUUAACCACCUGAACUGGUUUGUAUGAAAUACAGUCGUUUUUAUCUGUUGUCAAAAUAGUUUCUGGUCGUUAAAUCUGACAUUUUUAAAGGAAACUUCUUGUUGUGAGUGUAAAGCUAACUGCCCACGAGAUCGUGUCCAGUGGUAUUUGAUUUAAAUCAAUAUGCACUCUGGCUUCUGAUUAAAAAUAGCUAGGAGGAUCAAUUUACCAGGGAUAGUCACAGAGAAAAAUUACAAAGUAAGGAAAUGGCAACCCACUCCAGUAUUCUUGCCUGGAGAAUCCCAUGGACAGGGGAACUUCAUAGGUUACAGUCCAUGGGUUCGUGAGAGUUGGACAGGACUUAGCAACUAAACCACCACUGCCAAUCACAGAGAAAAACUACGAAGUAUCACAUAAAGUAAGUAGGUAUUUCCUUUGAACUGUUAGGCCAUUAGACUACUUAUCAAAAUAAUAGUGAUAGAUACAAGGAAAUGUCUUCACAAAUUCUACAAGAUUACUCUCCAAUACUCAAAUACUCAAAUCAUUCUUUUGAGCAAAUUUUUGUGUCUUUAGUUUAAGAGUCCAUUUUUCAGUUUGGUGAGCUGGAAUUUGAAAAAUAAGCCUUCAGUUUAAGAAAUUUGUUGUAUGAAAUGAUUUUAGUCAUCUCUGUUGAAAGAUGUCUCUUAGUAUUCUCCCCUAAAAAAAUUUUUUUUUUUUUUUGAUACAGUGUUAGAAACUGAACUUGACUUAGUGGACCACUACUCCUAAAUACUAAUUUUGAACAUACUGAUCCAUGACUUAAAUGUUUAUUUUUCUUUUAGAGCCAAGAUACUAAAAGUAGUGCAUUUGGAAAGUUGUCUUUGUUUUUUUAUCUGUUUCUUGUUUGAUUAUCUUCUGUUUUCAAAAACUUCAAAUAUAAAAUGGAUCAUGAGAUUAUUGAAUGUUUGAUCCAUCAUUUGAAUGAUAAGAGAUGUCUGUUUCCUCUUAGGGUAUUUGAGGCUGCUGCUUUGCAUGCAUGCUCAGUUGUGUCCGACUCUUUGGGGCCCUAUGGACUCUUACGUCUAUGUGAUUUUUCAGGCAAGAGAACUGGAGUGGGUUGCCAUUUCCUCCUCUAGCGAAUCUUCCAUUUAUCGGAAUCGAUCCCAACCCUCCUGCAUAACAGGCAAAUUCCUUUAUUGCUGAGCCUUUCGAUUGGCCACAUGGGGGUGGUUGCUCAGAUGAAAAACAUACUGGCAUUUAUUUUGAAUAUUUUUUAACAUAUAGCUUCUGGGAGUUUUGCCAACCACUGAUUUUAUUCUAGAAGGAUAUGCAACCACCUCUUCCCAGCUGUAUAUCCACUUUUCCUUUUUUUUAUGACUUAGAAGGAAGUAGCCCUAACCAUUAAAAGCUGAUUUCUGGAUUCUUUAAGAUGGAAGUUUUAGGGUAAACUAUUUUCAUGUUAACUUCAUCCAUAUACAAAUGAGUGAUGAAUCUUACAAGAUAAAAAUGUCUAAUUAUGCUAUUAUUUUUUAACAGGAAAACAUUACUUAGGAAAUAAAGUAGGGAGAAAAGUUUCAUGUAAAUAGUUAUCUUUAAGCCUUUAUGUUUCCUAAGUUUUUAAAUUGUCUGUUUCUUUUGAUUCCAAAAGCUCCUCUGGUUUGAAUGAAGUUCUUAUUACCUGCAGUGCAUACCAGCCUUUCCUAGGAGACCAUUUCCCGGGAUGUGAAGUCCUGGUGCCAUUAGCUGUCCACAUGCAGAAGGUUCUGUGUACCUGCGUUUCUUUUUUCUGUAGUCUGGCUGGUUGUCACUUAACUUUUCAGUUUAUUUCACUAAAUGAUAGAGUCAAAAUGAUAAAAUCUUUGUACCAUGGGAAAUUAUUUCAAUUUUAUUUUUCUACUGACGUUUCUAAUUCUGGUAUAAAUGUUUAUCAAUAAAGAAUUACUUUCAAUUCUGUGAA